GGGUAUUUUGUCUUCCAUUGUAAAAAUUGUUUGAUUGUGAUUACAACUCCCAUUAGAUGGACGGCCAGCAGGAGGAGUUUGUCAGAUUAUCAUCAUCUUCUGAUACAGGAGUGAAAAAAGGCAGAUUUAGCAUUGAAGCUUUAGGGCAUACUGGUCAUUCCAGCAAUUCAACAUCUUUUAAGAAAGGAAUCAGAAAGGGAUCUGAAGGACUUAAACCCAUCGGCCAAUCACUUAGAUUUGGGGUUUCUCAUGCAGUGUUUCCAAAAGAUGUUAAAGUGUUAGAGAGGAAGAUAUUUGAUCCUCAAGACAAAUUCCUCUUGUUCUGCAAUAAACUGUUCUUUGUAUCAUGCCUUCUGGCUGUAGCUGUGGAUCCUUUAUUCUUUUUUCUUCCAGUCAUUGAUGGUUCUUUAAAUUGUCUUGGCAUGGAUGAAAAAUCAGCUAUUUCUGUGACAACACUGCGUACUGCUAUUGAUGCUUUCUAUCUUAUACGCAUGGCUCUACAAUUUCGAACAGCUUUUAUUGCCCCAACAUCUCGGGUUUUUGGACGAGGUGAACUUAUUGUAGAUCCUGCACAGAUAGCAAAGCGAUACAUGCGGCGGUAUUUCAUUGUUGAUUUUCUUUCUGUGUUACCCCUACCACAGAUUGUUUGUUGUAGAUUUCUUUUGAGAUCUAAUGGUUCAGAUGUACUGGCUACGAAACAGACUUUGUUUUUCAUUGUCUUGUUUCAAUAUGUCCCUAGAUUGCUUCGUAUGCGGCCCUUAACUUCAGAGUUGAAAAGGACUGCAGGUGUCUUUGCUGAAACUGCCUUGGCUGGUGCUGCAUAUUAUUUGCUACUAUUUAUGGUUGUCACUCAUGUAGUUGGGGCAUUGUGGUACUUUUUUGCCCUAGCACGUAAUGAUACUUGCUGGCACAGGGCUUGUCAUGAAACUGCAGGUUGUAACACAGAUUUCCUGUAUUGUGGAAAUCAGAAUAUGGGUGGUUAUAGUGAUUGGAGCAGGAACAGUACUGCUGUUCUGCAGUCACAUUGCUCAGUGAAGGAAGAAAAUCCCCCAUUUGAUUAUGGAAUCUUCUUAUAUGUGUUCUCACAUGGCAUCGCUUCAUCUGAUAAUCUUUUUACCAAGUACUAUUACUCUUUUUGGUGGGGACUGCAGAACUUUAGUACACUUGGUCAAGGAUUUCAAACUAGCCUUGUUCCUGCAGAAAACAUAUUUGCCAUAGUACUAGUCAUAGCUGGGCUUAUCCUCUUGGCUCUUUGGAUUGACCAUAUGGAGACCUAUCUCCAGUCAUUGACUAUUAGGAUUGAGGAAAUGAGAGUUAAAAGGCUUGAUUCAGAUCAGUGGAUGCAUCAUCGUUUGCUCCCACCAGCACUCAGGGAACGAGUGAGACGUUAUGACCAGUAUAAGUGGUUGGAAACACGAGGGGUGGAUGAAGAAAGUUUGGUUCAGAGCCUACCAAAAGAUCUUAGAAGAGACAUCAAGCGACACCUCUGUCUAGAUUUGGUUAGGAGGGUACCUUUAUUUGAGAAAAUGGAUGAGAGUUUACUUGAUGCCAUUUGCGAGCGGCUGAAGCCGUGCUUAUUUACUGAGAACGCAUACAUUGUCCGAGAAGGAUAUCCAGUUGUCAAGAUGCUCUUUAUUAUACAUGGCCGGCUUGAGAGUGUAACUACAGAUGGUGGACGAAGCGGGUUCUUCAAUCUUAGUUUUCUGGAAGAAGGAGACUUCUGUGGCGAGGAGCUUUUGACCUGGGCACUGGAUCCCAAAUCUGGAGAUAACCUCCCAUUCUCUACUCGGACGGUGAAGACUAUGAAAGAGGUCGAGGCUUUCGCUCUAGAAGCAGAAGAGUUACAAUUUGUGGCUGCUCAAUUCAGGCGCCUUCACAGUAAACAACUUCGGCACACCUUCAGGUUCCACUCCCACCAGUGGAGGACAUGGGCUGCAUGCUUCAUCCAAGCUGCCUGGCGGUAUUACAAUAGAAAGAAAAUGGAACAAUUCUGCAAGGUAAAAGAAGCAGAAACACCAGAUGGAGUCCAAAAAACCAGCAGAGGUUCAUAUAGUAUCGGUGCUGCCUUGUUAGUCUCGAGGUUUGCAGCAAAUUCCCUUCGAGUUAUUCGCCGCAACAGGAUUGCCAAGACCCCCCAGGAACUGCUUAAGCUACAAAAGCCUCCAGAGCCCGAUUUCACCACCGAAGAAUGAUGAAUUGCAAGGCUUGCUGUGAGAAAAAGAUCAGUAGAAAUUGAGCAUGUGCAUGGUAGUCAAAUCCCCCAUAAUAUUGUGUAUGAAAAACUUAAUCUUUUAGAUCGUAUAUCGUAUGGUAAAAUACAUAUUUUAAAUAAUAAUAAUAAAACAGGGGAGAACAAUUAUUUUCUAUC